UUACCGAAAAACAUACAAUCAAAACAGAUUCCUAAAUGAGAUAAAAAAAAAUUGUUGCGUAACCUCUGUUAUUUUGUUUUGAUACUGCUCGAAAAUUGAUUGAAGUGCUUGUUGAAGGCUGACGUACCAAUAUGACUUCUAUCUUAAAACGUGCGAUAACGUCAAUAAAAAGUCAGUUCGCUUUAAAGAAUUUCAUCAAAAAAUCAUCGGCAUUUGAAGUAAAUAGACACUUUUCCGUCGGUACAACAAAAAACAUGAAACUCGUGCAAUUUAGUUACAAAGAUUGCCCUUGUGAUAUUCAUGUAGGAUAUUUAAUUGGUGAUAAUCUUGUUGAAGUUAAUAAAGCCGAUACUACGUUACCAUAUACACUCCUUGAUAUUUUAAGAACUGAUUCUCUACAUAAAGUGCGAAAGAUAGUAUGUACGAAUCCAGAUCCGAUACCCUUGAAUUCAGUGAACUUAGUUGCUCCCAUACAUGGUAUGGACAAAGUGCUCUGUGUUGGUCUAAACUACAGAGACCAUUGCGAGGAACAGAACCUAACCCCACCUGAAGUGCCAAUCAUCUUCAGUAAAUUCUCGAGUACCGUUAUCGGACCAGGUGCUGCAGUCCGUCUUCGUGAUUCUACUCAGCAAGUGGAUUGGGAAGUAGAACUAGCCGUUGUUAUAGGCAAGACUGCGAGUAACGUGAAAGCUGAUGAGGCGUAUGACUAUGUAUUAGGUUACACAGUCGCACAAGACAUCAGCGCGAGGGACUGGCAGAAAGCUAAGAACGGUGGACAGUUCCUAUUGGGCAAGUCUAUGGACACGUUCUGUCCGAUCGGCCCGUGCAUCACAACUCAGGGAUCUAUUGGAGACCCGGAGAACCUCACCAUACAAUGUAGCGUCAACGGCGAACAGAAGCAGUGCAGCAAAACCGACCAGCUGAUACAUAAGAUACCUGAUAUCAUAGAAAGACUAUCAAGUGUAAUGACUCUUCUUCCCGGGGACAUCAUACUAACAGGAACCCCCGGGGGGGUGGGUAUGUACCGCAACCCCCCAGAAUACCUCAAGCCUGGUGACGUCAUCUGCAGUGAGAUAGAAAACAUCGGCGUCCUUGUCACCAAAGUCGAAAAGUUCUAACUGAAUUCAAAAGGUGUGAUACUUUUUUACGAACACUAUUACUAUCUCUUUUUCUUUUAUAUACAAUGAGAAGGAUAGUAAUAUUGUAAUAAAAGGGUUACCAUAGUGAUUUCGCUGCAACAGAAAUAUAAUGUUAUAUACAAGUGUUACAUAUGUAAUUAUAAAUAUAUAAAUUAUGCUACAUCUUUAUAACACAAGAUCGUCCCAUUUUGGACGUCAAUUGUGUACAAAUUUGUUGAUUGUAACAAUUUAAAAAAAUAAAUGCAUUAAUAAAAAUAA